CUUUAAUCGUCCCCCCAUCACCAUGGUCCACGGUGUCAAGAUACUUUCCAACGUCGUUCCGCAGGCUCAAGCUGAGAUUCUCACCGAGGAUGCCUUGACAUUCCUCGCGGCACUCCAUAGGACCUUCGAAUCCACCAGACAGAACCUCCUGGUUGCGCGCGACGUGGCCCAGCGCAGGUACGACUCUGGAGUUGCAUUCGAUUUUCCUCCGGAGACGGCCCAUGUUCGUGCUGACCCCACGUGGCACUGUGCACCACCUGCACCAGGCUUGGAGGACCGCAGAGUCGAAAUCACGGGUCCAACAGAACGGAAGAUGGUCGUCAACGCUCUAAACAGCGGAGCAAAGACCUUUAUGGCUGACUUCGAGGACUCGAAUUCCCCGACGUUUGCUAGCAUGAUUACCGGUCAAGUUAACCUUCGUGAUGCCAUAAGACGUCAGAUCGACUUUGAAGUAGGCGGCAAGGCGUAUAAACUUGUCGCGACGCCGGCGGUGCUUAUAGUUCGACCACGGGGUUGGCACCUAGAUGAGACCCGAGUGGCAAUUGACAAUAGUCCGGUCUCUGCUUCAAUCUUCGACUUUGCACUUUACUUCUUCCAUAACGCCCAUGAGCUCGUCAAGCGUGGUUACGGACCUUACUUCUACCUUCCGAAGAUGGAGCACUACCUCGAAGCCCGUCUUUGGAAUGACAUCUUCUUAUUUGCACAGUCGUACAUCGGACUCUCUCACAACACCAUCAGAGCAACGGUUCUGAUCGAAACUCUUCCUGCGGCUUUCCAGAUGGACGAAAUUCUCUUCGAGCUGAGAAACCACUCGUCGGGACUAAACUGCGGAAGAUGGGACUAUAUUUUUAGCGCCAUCAAGAAACGAAGGGCGGACAGAGGUACCGUGUUCCCAGACCGGAAGGAUGUUACCAUGACUGUUCCAUUCGUGGACGCAUAUGUACGCCUGCUCAUCCAAACGUGUCAUAAGAGGAAGGUGGCCGCCAUGGGUGGCAUGUCUGCCCAAAUUCCAAUCAAGAACGACCCCAAGGCAAACGAGAUCGCUAUGGAGAAAGUGAGGGCUGAUAAGUUGCGUGAGGUCACCGCUGGCCAUGACGGCACGUGGAUUGCGCACCCCCUGAUCCACAACAUCGCUCGCAAGGUCUUUGACGAACACAUGCUAGGGCCCAACCAGUAUCACGUACGCCGCGAGGACGUCCGAGUUGCAGCCGCUGAUCUCACGAAUGCCAACGUUCCGGGUAAGAUCACGGAAGACGGCGUCCGUUCAAACGUCUCCGUGGCUUUGGCGUACUCCACGGCAUGGUUAGAAGGAAAUGGCUGCAUUCCUGUCAAUCACCUCAUGGAAGACGCAGCGACAGCUGAAAUUGCCCGUGUCCAGCUCUGGCAAUGGGUCAAAUAUGCCGCGCGAAUGAAUAACGGCCAACCCAUUACAGUACCGUUCGUCGAUCAUAUAAUCGAUGAACUGGCUCCGACAAUCAAAUCUACCGUCCCGGGAAUUAAGGAAGAACACCUCAGAAUCACGACGAACUACUUGAAGGGUCAAAUAAGGCAGCAGUGGCCAAGCGACUUCCUUACCAGUGAUCUGAUGCCGUUCUUGACUAUGGCAGAUGGAGUGGAGCUGAGGUGGCAGCCCAGUUUCUUGUAGGUUUCAGGUGGUCACUUGAACGAGUCAGCCAUGGGUCGCAAUGAUACAUGAUCAAUCGAUUGUCUCGACUUCCGAGCUUGAUGCACACCAGAAAAGGUUUCUUGAGUCUGAGGGGAGAACAAAUUUGAUUA